AAGCAAACGUCAAAACUCAAAACAAAAUUCAACUUACGCAAAAAUGGCAGCUUGCGGGUGCGGAAAGAAACGGUAAAUUUGUGCACUGCUGUGAGGUUUUCGUGUUGCAUUACAAACUGUACAAUACGAAAUAAAUUGCAGCUACAUUUGUGGUAAAAAUUGGUGUUACUGUGCUAUCUAGCCAGCUAGUGAUUCUGGUGAUUAGUGAUGCGUUUUUCGGGCAACAAUAUUUUACUUCCGCAGAUUCUGCAAGCGUUGAUCUCUUGAGCAUAAACAUGAAUGAAAAUCGAUAAAAAAUGCAUUUCAAUUUGCCUCAAAUCUGAAUUCAUGAAACAGCAAUGUAAAGCGUGAUUCAAUAAGCUUUUGAUUGAUACAAUAAAGUACAGUGAUUGAGAGAAUGUCACAAAGCGCCCCAAGAAGGCAUCCACCAGCCGGUGGCAACCCGGAGGUCAUGUCGGCGAAGUUCGGUGACACCGAGUGGGAAGCUCGUGAGUCGCAGCGUUUACGUGAGCUCGAGGAAGCUCGGGCACGAGCUGCUCAAAUGGAAAAGACUAUGAAAUGGUGGUCGGAUUGCACCGCAAACUGGAGGGAAAAAUGGAGUAAAGUCCGUACUGAGCGCAAUAAAGCUCGCGAAGAGUCCAAACAGCUCCGAAGCAGCCUCGAGGCCGCCAUAAAGGAGUCCAACUCGUACAAGCGGGAGAAAUGCGAGCUGGAAAUUCAAAUAAGCCAGCUGAAGAAGGAAAUGGAAAAGGUACAUAUGCUGAUGAUGAAGCACGCCGGUCAGUUCAACAAAGCGAGCUUGGACGCGGCCGACGAACCGGAACGGGAUGGGCGAGACAACAACUGCUCUCCAGAUAUUUCCUCCGAUGGACUAAAGAACGUGAACAGCGAGGAUGGGCUUGUCACGAAAGUCAGCAGUAACAACCAGCCGGACGACAGCGGACAGGACGACUUGGACGUCGAGGAGUACAUACUGCAGAGAGGUGCCAUGCCAAAACAUUCCAUAGAGUUUAAAGAGAAGGGCGACCCGAGCGCCGAGGAGAGAAGACUGAUUCAGCAGUUAUCGAAGGAUGACUACGACGAGGAUUACCUGUUGCAAAAGAUCUCGAUGCUGCAGCUGCGACUGGAUGAUGCCCAAAAGACCAUUCAAAUUGAGCGGGAAGAGAAAAACAGUAUUCACAAGAGUUUUGAAAAGUUUAGACAGGACAUGCAAGAGCUUAGGGACAAGUGCGAGGAGCUGCGGGCCGCCAAGCAGGAUGCUGUAAGAGAACUGCUAACACUGCAAGAGCAACAUCGAGUUGAGAUGAGAAUUACAAACAAUUCACUGCAGGAAGAAAUAGCUGCCAGGGAAACCCUGGAAAGGCGACUGUGUGAGUUGCGAACAGAGUUGGAACGAAUGCAAGCGGAGAACGCAGCCGAAUGGGGUAAGCGUGAGCGGCUGGAAACCGAAAAGCUCAACCUAGAACGUGAAAACAAAAAACUCCGAGCUGAAUGCAAUGAUCUGCAGGAACGAUUGGAGCGCAAAGGACGGCCACCGAUGAGCAACAGUGAUACAGAAUUUCGGGCCAUGCAGCAGGAGUUACUAGAUAAAAAUAAGGAAAUCAGUGACAUUCGCCAUUCGCACAGUAAGAUGAAGAAAAUGCUUUCCGAAGCAAACACGGAGCUUGGGCAUGCCGUCCGUCGUGCAGAGCAAUACGAAACAGAAGUCAAACGGUUGCGGUCUCGCGUUGAAGAGCUGAAGCGUGAGCUAGCAGGAGCCGAAGAUGAGCUGGAUUCCGCGUGCAAUCAUGUGCGACGCUUGCAACGCACCAAUGAGGAGCUUUCCGGACAAACGGAGGGACUUCAGGUGCAGAUACAGCAUUUACAGACUAGUCCGAAAAAUCUACAAGAUUUAAAUAAUUACAAAGCCUCUAACAAAACUAACUAUUCCUCCAACUCUAACAACUAUAAGCCAAACAUCAACGAUCUGAAGCAACUCUUCGAUAACUCGCGCCACUACAACGAACGUCAGCUGCAGGUCAAAACGCGGGCGUCCACCGAAACACAGCCUUCUUUUCUAUCCGGGUCCUACUACGAUGCCAAGCCGAGCUACAUCGCAGCUGACGCUCCGUUUGAAGCAAAAGACAAAUCUCUAAACAACAUGUUUGAUUUCGAGCGUGCCAAGCAAAAAUUUGACAACAUUUCUCGUUCCGCCGGACCGACAUCCGCCAAUGGUUCCAAGCGAUCCUCUUCCAGCGGUCAAAAACAGCAGUCCAGUUCCACCGCCGUCAGUGGCAUUUCCAAAAGACAAAACACAUCUGCGGUGGGUUCCGGAAUGAGCUUCGAGUGUAAUAAUUUCGCCGACAUUGGACCGGCCAUUCGAUCGGAUCCGGAUGGAAUUCCUCUUUUGGGGGGAAGUAAACAGGCGAGCAUCGUGAAUGAAACGAUUCAGUUCUUUGAUGGCGAAAUAGGAUCGAGUUGCGCACUGGCAGGUACAGGCAGUACCGGAGGCGGGGCACACAAGUUUAAUAUCACCAAAAUUAACAAUGUUAACUUGGACGGCCUGAAAGUGUCCGAGGAUGAUGAGACUCCGUAAUUACGGAUCGACCAGUCUUCUGUCAGCAAACGAUGACAACAGUGACAACGAUUGAUCGAAUUAAUUUCGGCAAUCUCGUUCCAUGUACAAUCUAUAAGUGAGACGGUCGAAUUGUAUUGUUUGGACAUGAGAUAGGGUACGGUACCUCGGACAGAAUAUUAAUGAUUUUUUUUGUGUCUCAAACAUGUUUUCAGUUUAUGCUUUUAUACAGCAUCACUUCAUAUUCAUAUAAAAUGUAUUAUAGUCAAUGGUUGCUAGCAUUUAUUCGUGUUCGAUAACCGUGAUCCAUAUUACAAAAUAUAAUGAAACAAUUAUUUUAGCUGGCGCAUUGCCACACAUGCAUGCAUCACUUCUGUUUCUGGUAUUAAACAAACAAAACGUUCGCAAUUAAAAGACUACUGUUUCCAUUUAUCGGUAUUAUUUCCUACUGUAGUCGAGCAAAAUUAAAAUCGAACAAAAGCUACAAUCAAACGCCCCAGAGAAUGCUAUCAUAGUCCUGCAUUUGCAUACACCGAAUUCAACCGGAAAGUAUACCAGUUUUGAUUUUUUUUAAAAUUUGUUAAUUGUUUUGAGAGUUUAGAGUGAAAGUUUAUCUAUUCAAAAAUCUAGCAAUGCUAAGGAUGACCGAUUGGUGGAUAAUGUCAAAACAAAAACAAAGCAAAUAUACUCCUGGAAAUGA